CACAACCUAGCUACACAGAAAAAGAAAACAAGUUUUAGGGUUUCUCAUGGCUUCAAAAAUCAACCUCCUCAAGAAUGUGGCUUCAAAAAUUCACCUCUUUAAGAAAUCAGCCAUUGAAGCUGGAACCCCUGAAAGGUAUUAUCUGAAUCCAUCGGAGAACUUAUGGAAGAUGACAUCUGAAUGGAAUGUUGUUGAACAUAAAGAUAUUCUUGCUCUGACUAUCCAUAAUUCUGGUUUUGGGGACCAUGUAUCCUCUUCCAAAAGAGGAAAGUUUAUCCAUCUCAAAGUAGAAAAAGAAACCAAGGAAAAUGCUGCUCGUUUUGGUCAUAUGGAUGGGAUGAAGAAUUUUCAUUUUGAAAUGAAUCCAGAUUUCCUUGACUUAGGAGUUAAAGAUGACAGAACCGUCAAAAUGGCAGAUGGUACUUUAAGGCUCUUCAUUUCUAAAUUCAAUUCUGAAGGCAUGAAGGAUAAUUCUGCAAAACCCAAAGCUGAAGAAAGUAAGAAAUUAAUUGCAACGGUCAGUACUACUAAACUCACACGUGAAGAAGAUAGGAAGUUAUUUGAAAGGAUCAGUGCUUUAACCACACCUGAAGAAUUUAAUGGAGGAAUUAAUGGUCUCUAACUUCUGUUUAGUAGUAGUACCAUUAGUAAGGGAAAUCAUUAAUGGAAGGUGGUCUAGUCUUUUAAGUUCUAUGAGUUUGCUGCUGCUGUUGUCUUUUGAAUUUUCUUUCUAGUUUUUCCUUUUCUUCUAGGGUUCGUUUGUGUCUUUUACAAUUUCAGUUUCUAGGUAGGGGGUUUUGCAAGUUGUUCUGAGAUUGAUUUUCUGAUCAUGGAUCCUCCAAUGUAAUCAUUACAAACAACUAAUGGUGCUGUCCGGUCUU